AAUUAAAAAAAAAAGAAAAAUAACAAUUUGAACAAACAUUAACAAAGAAAAGUGAAAGAUAUUUAGUCGAGAGACAUUUAUAAGUGAAUCAGUAUUCGGGUAAAUAAAAACCUACGUGUAUAUGGACAUUGAAUAUUGAUCGUAAGAGUGAAUAAGAAACCUAAUGAAAGUGAAAAAAUCGACAGAAUGUAGCGCAAGAAUAAUAGGCAAAGUACACACAAAGGCUAUAAGUAAUGAAUCACUAGGUGACAGUCGUAUCUCGACAUUUUCUGAAAACCUCUGCAUUCGAGUUUUUAUUACACCUUGCGGAAUAGUACGUCCAUCAUGGCAUUGUGCAUGCGAUACUCAGCAAGGCAUUCACACAGUUAUAUCUUAUUACUUCAAUGCAAUCAAUUUCCUCCUAAAAAAAAUGUGUGUGUGAUUGCAUUAAUCUUUAAAUCAUAACCUAAAAGUAAUAAGUAUUUUCUUAUCUUAGAAGAAUACCUUCUAGAAGACAAAAAAGGGUACGUAAGGAAAGUGCUGAUUACUCUUUAUGACAUUUAUACUAAAAGUGAAAUUUGGUAUAAUAAAGAUAUCGUACUUCCCAUAAGAAAGUAAUUAUACCCGUGACGUUUCCCUAUUUCUUACUAUGGGUGAUGAAAGUCCACAACCAUUUCGUCGUGAACGCAACUUAAGCAAUCGAAAUUUUGCUAAACGUAACUCAAUUCAUCAUCAAUUUACUAACGGUAAUCUUAGUUCAUCAAACAACUCGUUUGAUAGACGUAAGCUAAUAAAAUCUAAUAAAUGUGAAGCGAAAGAAAUUAACUCAAUUAUUAACCACAAGUCUGCAAACAAUAUGGCUGCAAUCGAUAUUGAGAUUGAUGAUGACGAUGAUGAUAAACGCAUUGAGGUCGAGCGUUUAGCUAGUGAAGGCGAAACAACAGACCCAGCCUUAUUGGGAGUACGUCAAAAAGUAUUAAGAUUUGAACAUUUUCAAACGGAUGAAUGCAAAUUAAUAAAAAAUUAUAAAACUAAUCUAAUUAGUGAUCGUGUGAAUAGAAUAAGAAUUUUUGAUAAUAGUAAUGAUAAUCAGUGCAUUUUACCUACGAUGGGUGCAGAAUUAAGUAAAGAAUUAUUUGCUUCACAAAAUGUAAGCAAAGAGAAAUCUCCCGAUACUGUGGACGGUGAUAAUGUUGCAAGUAAUGAAAAGACAAAAAAGCGCAAAGAAUCAAAAUUUUAUUACAAAUGUGAACAAAUUGUAGCUGAAACGAGUAAAGAGGUUCCCAAAGAGUUCGAUAACAACAUACAAGAUAGAAGCCUACCGGUCGACUUGAAUAGUUAUGUCUCGGCUGUAAAUAUUUCGCUGUUAACGCCUCCAUUUAAACAUUCCAUAAGUCAUAGUGCCGAACAAUUACUGGAAGAAACGGCUGCAGAGACAAAUCAAGAUUUUGUUAGAAAUUAUCGUUCUAACGUGAGACCAAAGACUGAAAUUAUACAUUUAACCACACCACGCCUAACCGAAGCCCAAAAAUCUAGUUCUUUAUGUAAUAAAAUAGGCCAUGAUGAGGAGGAGGAAGAAGAACCUAUAGAAUUGCGCGAUAAAGGCUUCAAAUCGGUGCAGCCUAUCUUAGAUGAAUUAAUUAAAACGGAAGAGACAUAUGUGGAAAAUCUCUGGCUGGGUAUUAACAAUUAUGGUAACGUAUUUAAGCGUAAAGAUUUGCCAGUUGGAUUAAGGGGCAAAAAAUAUGUCCUGUUGGGCAACGUGGAACAUUUGGCUGAAUUUCAUCGUGACGAAUUUCUACCUAUGCUCAAACGGAAUCGUCAUGACUUAAAAAGAAUAUUCGAAGAAUUUAUUGAAUUCAUAGAGCAAAAUUGCUUUUAUGGCUAUGUACUGUUCACCAUGAACAAGAAGCGUUCGUUAAAGCUGUGUGAUACAUAUAAAAACUACUUUAAGAUGAUACAAACUGAAUUGGAUGAUAAAUUGGGUAUUAAUAGCUUUCUAGUACAACCGAUACAGCGUAUGGCUCGUUAUCCAUUAUUGCUGCAACAAUUUAUAACGACCUUAUUUAAAAAUUGUGAUUAUGGCAUGAAACCGGUUAUAGAGAGCUGUUGCCGUUUAGAGAAAAAGUUCCGUAACCUUCUCGUUACCACAAAUGAAUCAGAGAUAAUUAACGAUAUUGUUUGCUUAAAUGAAAGUACAGAGUUCAAUACUUUUUAUCAAGGAAAAUUUCGUAAAGUUAGUGAAUUUCAAGUGUAUGAUCAUUCAUUGAAACGUAGUUAUCGUUCGAAAGUUUUCAUAUUUGAUAAGUGUAUCGUUUAUACGGAAAUCAAGGGUAAACAAUUGAUUUUUCAUGGACGUUACCCUUGUGAGCAUAUUGGCAUAAUAACUAAGACGAAAUCUUUCACUCUAUACUACGAUCAACGUAAGCAACAGGAAUGUGAUUUUAUUGCUGAUCCUAUACUUAUUGAAACUUGGCUGGAGUUAAUACGUGAAAUGAUUGCAUCGUAUGCUGAAGAAGAGCGUCGAAAACUUAAGGAGUUACAUUCACAUGACCAUGGCGAGCAUAUAUAUCGUAAACCGGCUAAUUUAUCUCUAUUUCGAGAUUCAAAUCGAUUCAGCUCUGACAGUGGUAUCGGAAAUAUAUGGGCCUUGCCUAAGCCAGAACACGAAGAAGCUGUCAACAAUCGUACAACAUGGUAUGCGGUGACGUGAACAAUUGUUUCUGCCCCCCCACAAAAAAAAAAAAAAAAAAAAAAUUACAGUACUUUUCUUACUAUAGGGUCAGUCACUGAUUGCACGCAAAGUAAUACCAAGAAAUGAGUUGAGUUUGUUUGAAAUAAAAAUCCAAUGUAAACAUAAAUAAAUGAAAACAAUAAAAGCUCCA